AUGUCAUUCUCCAAUCCACUUAACAUACUUCUGAUACCUCCUAUCUUAUAUCUUGUGUUCAGGUUGAUUGUUCCCCAUCCUCUCGAAGCUACGCCAGCGGCAUCAACUUAUUCCGAAGAGGUAUACAAUUGGCUACCAGCCAAACAUCCCGAAGUACUAUGUCAUCGAAAGUAUACUGCUAAGCAGUUACUUGCAUACGAUGGGACAGGUAGAGACAAAGGGGGCGAGAGGAUAUUAUUAGCUAUAUUGAGAGUUGCCCAAAAUGGGAAAUGGGGCGAAAGAACUGUUUUCGACGUGACAGCGGGUAAAACAUUCUAUGGUCCUGAUGGGGUAUAUGGAAAUUUCGCGGGUCACGACGCUUCGAGAGGAAUGGCCAAACAAUCUUUUGAAACGGAAAUGCUCAAUCCAAUCGAAGGUCCUCUUGACAAGCUAGAGGACCUGACGCAGGCUGAAAUCGAUAAUAUGAGAGGGUGGCACGAACAUUUUGAGAAGAAAUAUAUCGUGUGUGGGGAGCUGGUUGAGGAAGGAGAGGUAUAA